UUUUUCUCGGUGAAGACACAUCUGCAUCUUCGCCGCCUCAAACACACAGAUGUUUAUAUCUCACGUUCUGCAUCGGUACACAUCACAAUAAACGCGUCGCGAGCGACGCGGCAAAGCCGCUUGUGAUUGUCUUUGUAGCAUUAGCAUUUGUCGCUUAGCUACGGAUGUAGGUCAUCAGCUGACCUGGAGGAGGAGGAGGAGGAGGGGCGGGUAUCUUUAUUGUGCGCCCUCACCGCGCGCUUUUUACGCACAGGCCGGCGCGCAGCACCUUUAUGUGAUCCAGGCUGUUUGCUAACGUAGCUCGUAGCUCCGGCGUCGGCUCCAGAGACCCGCAGCGCCCACAAAAGACGCGCGUUACCGACGAGGUUAACCGGCUCCGACGACUAUCCACGCGUCCCACGGGAAAGUGCCAUUGAGCCGGGACAGCCAGGCGCUCACCAACAAACUCUGCUAUGGGCAAAAAGUCUCGCGAAGAAGACUCCUCAUCAUCGGAUGAGGAAGAGUAUGUUGUGGAGAAGGUGCUGGACAGGAGAGUUGUGAAAGGCAGGGUCGAGUUCUUCCUGAAGUGGAAAGGAUAUUCAGAAAAACACAACACCUGGGAGCCAGAGAAGAAUCUGGGCUGUCCUGAGCUUAUUUCCGAAUUCAUGAAGACUUACAAGAAGAGCAGCAGCAGCAGCGGAGGCGGCGGCGGAAGCUCCACGCCGAGCAGCGGGGGCAGCAAAUCGGUCACAGCCUCCUCGGGUCGCUCCAAAGACUCCAGUAGCUCGAAGAAGAGAAGCUCUGACGACGACGAGGAGGAAGAGGAAGAGGGUGGCAGUAAGCCCAAAAAGAAGAAAGAGGACGACAUUCUAGUUGCACGUGGCUUUGAGAGAGGACUGGAGCCGGAGAAGAUCAUCGGAGCAACUGACUCAUGUGGAGACCUAAUGUUUCUUAUGAAGUGGUAG